AUGUUAUAUAGGAUUAUUGAAAAGAUAUACAAACAAAUUCCUUUGAAGUAUUAGUAACGAUUAAAGGAUUUGGAAUUAGAAAAUCUACAAAAUAUGAGAAUCGAAAUUACAAAUGGUAUUGUUUAAAAAACCUUUAAUUAUGAAGUUUUGACAAAUCGAAUUCAAUUAAUCUAAGUAUUUCUUAUUUUUAACUAGACAUCAACAGUAAUUAAGGAAUUAAUUCGAAUUUUAUUCAAAUUAGAAACUCUUCCAAUAUAUCCUUUAAUAUAUUUGAUUUUAUUGCCAGAUAAGUUGAAUUCAGAAUUGUACAUCAUAAUAUAUACAAUACUUUGUCUAAUUCUUGAUUUAUUAAUCUCGUUUCUUUUGCUUUUUUAUGUAUUGAAAGAAAGAUGGAAAUUUGAGGAAACCAUUAAUAAAUAAGAAUGUCGAAUACUAUCUCCAAUUGAUCAAUUGUUAUAAACCUAAAACUAAUAACCCUCAUAAAAGAUAGAAUGGCAAAAAUUGAAAGUUGGACAAAUUGUGUGUCUAUUAAAAGGUGAAAUGAGUCCUGCAAAUAUUUUAAUAUUGGAAUCAAGUCAAUAAUAGGUCUUAGCUGAUUAUAUCACCAAAUAUCCUUGUCCAUGUACAUUUGUCAAUCAGGCAUCUAAAACUAAAGGAAUAAUGACGAAAUUCUUAAUUAAUCUAAGUGGCUGGAUUCAAUUUUCAACUUCUCAUAGAGGUACAAUAAAGUUAAAGAAUGAUCCUAAGGCUACUCAAUUUACAGAUGAAAAUGUGAUUUAUAGAGGUUAAAUAUUAAAUUAGACAGAUUGGAUUUUUGGAAUUGCCAUCUAAGUGGGACAUGGUUGUUUUCAAUAAAGAGAUAGGUUUUAUAAUUGGAAUCAUUAUAAUUAGAAUAGCUUCUUUAUAUUUUUAAUAACUCUCUUGAUAUUCAUUAUCCUCAUAAUUCCAAAAUUAAUUUAUGUAUCUAAUUUUGAUAUUGCCUCAUACUCUAAUGCUAUUAUAAUCUGUCUUUUACUUUUUCCAUAAAACUAUUUCCUUAUCAAUUAAGUUUGGCUUUUAAUCCAAUCAAUAUAAACAAGACUUUUUUAAAGUAAAUAAUCAAAAAAUUUUACAUCUAAUAUUUAAUAGCAAGGAUAAACCAAAACAGAUCCCAUCCUCUAAGAAUAUGAAAAAAAAGUACUUGUGCAAUUAUAAAAAAUUGCAUCUGCUAAUACCUCCCUUGCAAGUAUUCCAUAAGUUAAAAAAAACCCAAAUAAAGAUUUAAUUUAUCUAUUUCAUUAAUUAAGUAACCAGGCUAUUUUUGAAUUCAUCAAAACUGAUGUUGUUGUUUUUGAAAAUCCAUAGAAACUGUUGAAGAAAAAUGUAAGAGUUUGCAUGCUUUUCCAUGAUAAAUGUAAAUAUUACUUCAAUUAUGAGAAAUUGUAAGCCAUAAUUGAAAAAACAACUCCAACAUAAAAAAUUAAUUAUGAAAAAUUAUUACUUGAUACAAAUAGAUUUUCUGCUUAUGAUGAAUAAAAAACUUAAGACAUAGAUCUAUUAUUAGCAGAAAAACAAUAACCUACAUUAAGAGUAAUUGAUGAGAAGAAAUCUUUUCAAAAAAUUGGGUUCUUAAAAGAUCAAUCCAAAGCUAGCCAAGCAUAAAAAGAGAUGAAGGACUCCAAAGAUUUAAAAAAAUCAGGAGGAGAUCAAAAGAUUAAUCCUUACAGUUCCUUCAGAAAACAAACUGCAAGGAAUCUAUUUUAAUCUAAUAUUUAACCCUAGCAAUAACAAAAGGAAUAGCACUAUUAAUAACAACCUGCUAACAAUGGCAGCUUUAUGUCAUACUAAAAUUCUCCUAAAUUAUAACGUUAGAAAAGCAACUCUCACAUAUCAUAGGCUAAUGUUUUAUCUAAUCAGAAGUCUGUUACUGGAUCUUUAAAGAACAUUACUCCAACUCAAUAGGAUCAAAGCAGUGAUUAGAUUGUUGGGGACAUAUACAGUGAAUAAGAUUUCAUCAAUAAACUCUUAAAUAAAUCAGAUGUUGUAUCAAAUGAAAUUCUGAUUAUGCUUUUAUUAUGCAAUAAUGUAGAAAGUGUGUAUGACAAAGAAGAGAAAAAGAUAGAAAAUAUAUAUAAAAAUUCAUUUGACAAAUCAAUCUUAGACUUUGUAAAAAUAUUUGAUUAUAAAUUUAUAUCUAGUGCUGUUAUAGAUAAUUAUAAGAUCGAAUAUAAACAAGAUAAGAUUACCAAAAAAGCUAUUUCUAUUUAAGGAGUGAUUAAGGUUUUUGAUAUCAUCGCUACUCUUCAUCCUACUGAAAAUAGAUCUGAAACUCUAACAAUUUUAGUUAAAGAUCCUGAAUCUUUUGAAUUAGAAGAAGGAGUGUUAUUGUACACCAGAAUAGUUGCUAAUGAUUCAAAUUCUAAAGAUGAAAGAUAUCCAUACAUUAAUGAUAUUAUUGAUGAUAUGUUUUGGGAUGGUCAAAAAUCCAUUAAAUAUUAUAAAAAACAAUUAGAUUCCUAAUAAACUGAAUAGUUUUUAACUAAACUCAAUUCAAUUAAUGAAACCUAUGGUAACAGAGAAUAAGAACUAGAUUUAUUAUAUUAGUAGAUUGAAAGUGAAAGCGAGUUGUUAUUUAUUAUUGGUUUGAAAUAAUUCAUCCCUCUUAAAAAUUAAUUAGUAUCUUAAGAAAUAACUAAUAAAUAUCUAAAUCAUGAUAAAUUGUUCAGGACUCUUUUAAAGUAUAAUUAUAAAUCAUGUUUUUUAAUGGAUAAAUAUGAAGAUUUAAUUUCAUUUUUGCGAACCUAUCAUGUUGCAGAAAAAAAGACAAUUGAGCAUUUUAUUGAACCCAAUACUAUUCAGUUUAAAUUUAGGUAGUUUAUAUAAAAUAUUGUUGAAAAAUAGAAUAUCUUUGAGGUUUAUUAGUAGAAAAUAGUGGAUAACUUUUUAAUUAUAAAUGAUCAAACUUUGGAAGCAAUUGUCAAAGAUGAUUAUUUAAAGUAUCACUUUGUUGUUCUUUUUUAUUUUUCAUCUGGAGUUGGAGCAUAUGGACUAGAUGAAAAACAAAAGGGGAAAUUCUUAAAGUUAUUAUAAAUAACAGAAAGAUAUAUCACUUCUAUUGGCUCUGCAUUAGACAAUUAAUACUUCUUCUACAAAUCUAACUACUCGUUUAAUGUUUUACAAUAGGAUCCAUAAUGUACCUUAUCAAAUCCGAAUUUCUUGAUAUAAAAAGUUGAUCAAUUGUUUAAGUUACUCUUUUAUUAUUGCCCAGCAACCUAUCUAAAUUAUGAAUCCAUCAUUUUAAUCUAAAUAUACAGGAGUUUUCUUUUCGGAUUUACUUCUUACAUUAUAGAUUACUAAAAUAAUUUCGGUGCUUUAGAUGAAUUGAUAUUAUUUUAUUUAAUUCCAAGCAAUAUCGUAACUUGUUUACUGAAUUAUGAAACUUUUAUUACUCAAAGAAAAUUUGAUAAUAAUAAUUUUGAAAUAUAUAGAAAAACAUUAGAAUUAAUUAAAUAAUAGAAUAUUUACAUCAAAAUACUAAAGAUAAUCUUUGUGGCAUUAUUAGAUUCAAUUUUAGUUGAAAUAUGUUUUAAUAUAUUUGACACAGAUUAAACAUAAGAAAUUCAAAAUUAUUCGGUCUUCAUUUACUUAAUAAUAGAGAUCGUUGAAAAAUAGAAAUAUCUUAUAUCAUUUUUUAAUUCUUCAUAUGAGAAUGUUAAAAUGUUAAAAUUGAUUUUUUCAUUCAUCAUUUUGAUAUUUCUAUUAAUAUUGGUAUAUGCAUUAAUAACCAUAGACAUUUUAUAUCAAUUCUCAUAUUUGAAUUUUACAUACUGGAUUUUUGGAUUGAUUUUCUCGGUAGUAAUUUCCUUCAUCUUUUAAGAAGUAUUAAUAUUGACUGAAUUUAAUCUAUCUUGCCCUUAUGACAUAAGUUUUCAUUCUGAAUAUUAAGUAGAAAUAGAGAAGAUUAACUCAGCAUUAAGAUAUUUGGAUGUUAAUGUCAGUAAUCGAAAUUAACCAAAGAAAUUCAUAGAGAGGUUAUUUUAAGGUAAGGACUUUAUGGAUGAUUUAUUGGUAAAAAAGAUAAAAGGAGAUUAAUAAAUGACUGAUUAGAUGGAGAAAGACUUAAAAUUUACAGACAAGAGAACUGAAAAGGAUUUUUAAAACUCUUUAAAGCCUUAAAAGUACUAUAUCUAUUUAAUCUAUGAAAUUGCCAUUUUUGGAAUACGACUUUAUUAAUAAAUAAACAAUCUCAACAUUUCAUAUUUAGUAAUUUCUAUCAUCUAAUUUGUAUCAAUGACUUUGAUUCCCUUAGUAAAAGUAUCAAAAUAUUAACCAAUCUUUCUAUUGUGUUUGAGAUUUAUAUUCUUUGUUAUUUUACAUGGUUUGAUGGAUACAAAAUUAAUAGAAACAUAGAUGUUUAUAAUCGGUUUUUCUUUGAGUCAUCAUCCAUUGUUGGGCAUCUAUGGAUAUUACUGUGUUUGCACAAUAGCAUUAAUUUUAGAUAUAGUGAUGGUAGGAGUAUUUAAUGAAGGGAAUCCUUUUUAUAUUUUGAAUCAUGGGUUAAUAAUCAUAGAAAUGUGUCUACCUCUGGCAUUUUAGAUAUACAAAACCGAAUUUCUGUAGAGAUACCAAUAUAUCUUAUAAAACAAGCUUUUAGAUGAAUAUAAGAAGUUGAAUGAUGCUUUGGGAUUGUUGAUGCCAAGAUUCAUAAAGGAAAGGAUGUCAAAAGGGUAAAUAUAGAUAUCAGAAGAUUAAGGAGAUGUUGCAAUAUUAUUUUGUGAUAUUUAUGAAUUUGAUGAUAUAAUUAAGAACGAAUAAAUCAGAGUUGUGGAUUUCUUGGAUAAUUUAUAUCGUUAAUUUGACUAAUUUUGUUAAGCAAAUGAAUUAUAAAAGAUAGAAACAGUUGGUAAAACAUAUAUGGCUGCAGGGGGAUUAAAAGAUUACAAUAUAUCUGAUAAUCUUAAUCCUACAGAGAGAAUCUUGGAUACUGCUAUGCAAAUGUAGGAAAGUGUGAAAACUAUGAAAUAUGGAGAUAAUAAAGCAGUCAUAUUAAAAAUAGGAAUCCAUUAUGGGAGAGUCAUAGCUGGUGUGAUUGGUGCUCAUAAACCUUAAUUUUCACUUAUAGGAGAUACUGUAAACACUACUAGUCGAGUGUGUUCUACAUCAGAACCUGGAAUCAUUACUCUUAGUUAACAAGCAUACGAAAAGGUGAAUAAUUAGAAAAAUCAAUUCAAAUUAAGAGAAGUUGAAGCCAAAGGUAAAGGAACUAUAAAUACCUAUCAAUUAGUUAAAACAAGUAAGAAAAAGUAAUAAACAACUAUUAAGAUGGCAGAUGAUGUAGCCAAAUCACCAAACUGUCAUACUCCAAACCAAAUGUUUAAAAAGAUCUAAGAAAAUCUGUAUACUAAAAAAAAAACUAUGUUAAAAAAGGUGUCUUUUAGUGAGGAAAGACAAGAUUUUGGCAAUCCUUUAACAAUUCAAAAUACAAUUGCUAAUGGGAAAUUGACUACGAAUUUGGCUCCUUUAGCUGUAUAACCUCUAAUUAGAGCUAGCUCAAGAUCGAUCUUUAAUUCAUCUUAUUAAAUGGGUCUUAAUCUCAAUAAUGAAUAAGAAUAAGAAAUUAAUAAUCUAAAUGUCAUGAAUAACAAUAAUAUUCUCAAUAAUACAGUUAAUAAUACUCUAAAAGAUGACAGAGACAAAAUUAAAGUAGAACCAACCAAUAUUAAUAAUAUUUAAGGAGAUGGAUUAAAAUCAAGCAUUCCUUUAGGAGGUUAUGGAGCCUCAGGAGCAUACAGCAAAAGAGUGUCUAAUUUGGCUAUGGAAUUACAUCCUAUGAAAUCAAGAAAAUCUGUUUAUAAGAGGGCAGGAACUAAAACAAACAUAGGGGAAGACCCAAUAUUGAAUAUGCCUAUUGGGGGAUAAAAAAUGGCUGAAAGUGUCAGAGUGGAUUUAUACAAUAUUAAAAGGAAAAAAACUAGAGUUAUCGCAGAGAAUAAGUUGGAUUUUAUUGAAAAACAUGAUUCUCAGUCUGCCAACAGAUCUCCAAAAGACUAAAGAAAUACACAAAAUAUGGAUGAAUUGGAAAUUAGAAAACUGAUCAAAAUAGAGCAAAGUUGUUAUUAAAAUUAGUAUGAUAUAAAGAAUAUGGAAGAAUAGGUGGAAAUAGAAAAAUAUGGUAUUUAAGAGUCUGACUAUUAAAGUGAGAAUCAUCAUCUCUAUUUUACUAUAUAUGAUCAAUAUAGAGAUUAUGAUAGAAAAUAGGUUUAAUGGUUCAUAAUCUUUAUAGUUAUUUUGUUAAUAAUAAAAAAUCUAUUUUAUUUUCUAUUGAAAAGCAUAAAUAUAGAAUUACAGAUACUCUUUAUAUGCUAAUCAGUUAUUUGUUUGUUAUUGACUAUUGCAAUAUAUCAUAUUAAUAGAGGUAUCAUUUUGAAAUGGCUAAUUGUGUUAUAUUUUUUAAUAUUUUCAAUUAUUGAUAUCUUGAUAAUAGAUGUACAUAGCAGCGAUAUGGAAUUAAUAUUUUAGGUAAGUCAAAUUACAUCAGUGUAUUUAAAUUUAUUCUAUUUGUAAAUUUAUAAUUAGUAAGACAGGAUUAAAUUAUCCACCUUAUAUAUCUUAUUAAUCUUGAUAAACUUAAUAUAUAAUGAAAAUAUUCUGGAAAUCAUAUUUUAUUCAGUAAGUGUAUUCCUCUCAAGUAUUAUGAUCUAACACAAAGAAUUAAAGACAUUAGUUGAAAAUUAUCAAUGUUUCUCUUAAUUUGAAUCUAAGAAUGCUAAGUAAACCUAAAUUUUAUAAUACCUAUUGCCUUAGCACAUAAUAGGAAGAUUUUUUUCAACGGAUGCAAAUACUUCUGAUAAUUUUAUUGAUGUCUUUGAAAAUUGUACAAUCCUCUUUGCUGAUAUUGCAGGUUUUACAAAAUAUUCAGGUUCAGUAGAACCAGAAUAAGUAGUUAAUAUGUUAAGAAUCUUGUUUUAAUAAUUCGAUGAAGAAUGCCAAAGAUUUCAAGUAUAUAAACUAUACACAAUUGGUGACUGUUAUGUUUGCAUGGGCAUAAUUGAUGCUAACAAUAGAGAUCCAGUUGGAGAGGCAAUAAAUGUGGUAUUGUUUGGGUUGAAGAUGAUUUAGAUAAUACAGCAGAUUAAUAAGGAUCCUCAAUAUCAACAUUUAAAUAUGAGAAUUGGAGCUCAUACUGGCAGAGUGAUUGGUGGAGUUGUAGGAACUGAUGUGGUUAGGUAUGACAUUUAUGGAGAGGAUGUUACAAUAGCCAAUAAGAUGGAGUCGAAGGGUCAGGAAGGGAAAAUCAUGGUAAGUCAGGCUACCAAAGAUAUAAUUGAGAGCGAUGAUGAAUGCGUUGGGAUCUUUGACUUUGAAUUCGCUUAAGAUGUGUUCUUGCCUUAGAAUAAUACAACAAUAUCAGCCUAUUUUGUGCAUUUUGAUUAAAAUAGUGAUGAACAAUGA